AUGGAUGUCAUAAACGCUUUUCACCUUGGCGGCAUGUUUUUGCCGGGCGCUGGUAACGACUUUUACGCGGCCAAUCUUCAGCAAACUUUGGAACAGGAUACAAUACCGAAUGCUAUAAGUAGUCCUCCACAGCCCCUCAACCAAAACACCAACGGGAUGCCAACACCAGACGAAUCGUCACCGGGUGUCCCGGCCAGUGGCCUUCCGCCGAUAUACCAGAUGGUGGAGCUAACAGAAAUAUUCUUCGAAAAGCUCUACCCGAGCCUCCCCAUUCUUCAUAAGCCUACGAUACUAUCCAAGCUCAAGUCCGGUGGUGUUGAUGCUGUACCGCAAGUUCUUCUUCUCGCCAUCGCCACCGCCUCGGCAAGAUUUCACCGCGACCAAAAGCUCCGCGACCUAGGUGAUGAUUGGUUCAAAGAUUGUCGCUCAAAAUUAACCGACGUUAUGCGUGCCGCUGACCACGGUCUAGAAACAUUGCAGGCCGCAAUGAUCAUCACUUUGGAAUCAGCAGUUCGCUUAGACUUUGCUUCAGCGGUUAUGCUGCUUGCUGAAACAUGGCGUAAAGCCGUUGCCCUAGGCUAUAAUCAGGUGGAUGGCAAGAGGAAAGUGAAGCUUUUCGCUCUUGGAGGCACCAGUAGUGAACUUGGCUGGAUUGAAGCUGAGGAGGCACGACGCGUUGUCUGGAGCAUCCUCAUCAUCGACCGUGGUUUAUGCUUCCCCAUUGGUCUGCUUCACGUUCUUGAUGAUAAGGUGCUGGUUCUUGAUUUUCCCAUGUCCGAUGAAAUCUUCCAAGAGGAAGAUACAACAGAGAUGACGGCUCCUAAAGUGGAGGCUGUGCGAUAUUGCAAAGACUUUGACAAACUGAUCACUGCGGUGCAGUCGUAUUCACGAAAAAGCACACCGAUCGUCUAUCACUAUAUAAUAUUGGCUUAUGUACUGAUGGGGAGGAUAUCAGAAGAGCUGUAUGCUCCCGAAUUCGACUAUGAGACUUGCAGUCAUUCUCUCGACAAGCUGGCAGAACAUCUGGUCAGAAUCCGUCUGAUCCUACCCCGAUCUUGCAGCGACUUAGCCGUGGCAGACCAAGCUGAUCUAGGAAAUAUCGUUUGGCUGCAUGCGAUAUUGAACUCCGAUGCCAUAAUGAUUCAUCACCGCCCAAAGGCUGCAACCCAAAAUCCUGACGAACCAUCCGAACACGACUCCAACUGGCCGCAUUGUCGAGCCGCCGGCCGGAAUACCAUCAAACUCGUACGCGAAGCUACCAAAUCAUCAUCCGACUUUCUCUACAAUACACAAAUAUGCACGCCCAUCUUCUUCAGCUUCCUGACAACUUUACUCGACUACAUGGACCCCUCACCCAGCGAUGCAACCCCGGCAAAGGCAAAGCCUAUCAAAUACGACCUGGAGAUGUUCAUCAAUAUCAUGACCCGACAACGAGAGAUAUUUCCUGGAAUUGGUAUAAAAUACUGUGGAGGAGCACGCUUCUAUCUGUCAAAGGACGCAGAAUAUCUAAUUGCCGGCAAGGCAACCGGCAUGCGCGAGUUUCUUGGUACUUGCGAUCAAUGGACGACCCAAUUCAGCGAUGAUGAGCUUGUAAUUCCGGAUCGGCCACAUUUACAAGCCACCGACACAAAAUGA